UUGUUUGGGUUAUCUUAAUGCAUGUCAGUAGAUCAAUUGUGUUUAUGUGUUCUUUAGGCUAACAAAGAAAUGUGAACGAAAACCCACUGGUGGGCAGCUGAGUUGGUCCGGCUUUGGGCACUUCAUCGCAAAGGUCCCGAGGUCCUCACCACCGUCGCUAGGGCCACUCCCGAGGCCGACUCCCUCGCCAACGAGGCUAACUCGAUCUCUCCCAAAGCAUACUUUGUCCAUUACUGGAAAAAGCAAAUCACCAACAACCUUCCCAAGCCACCAAUCCUCUUCUCCAAAGCGUCACCUCUGACGGCCGCGUCAGCGACCAUCUUCGCCGAACUCGUUGCCAAAGGCGCCAUCUCGGACCACCUCUUAUCGUUCUGCGAGGAGGCGCAAUUGCUCUGCUUCAUGAACUCAUCAUCUUAUGGGGUCGCAAAGACAAUUGACGCCCAACUAUACAAAGUAUACCCCCGCGGCCCACCCCGGAUACAAUUGUGGCAACUGAUGACAAGAAAGUAAAUGGGGGCAUGGAGCAGGGCUUGUUCUUUCGAGAGUCGAUGCUGAAGAGCGGGAAUGUGAUGCCAAUGCCCGACCUCCGGGAUAACUUUCCCAAAACGUCAUUUUUGCCUCGCCGCAUUUCCUCCAAACUGCCAUUCUCAACCUCGAAGCUCGCUGAGUUGAAGCAAAUCUUCCAUGCCAUAGAAAAUUCCACUAUGGAGAAGAUCAUGGCACAAACGCUAGGCCUGUGCGAGGGUGCAGCACUCCAAGACGAAACCAAGAGGUGUCUGGCCUCCAUCGAGGAUAUGAUCGACUUCGCCACCUCGGUUUUGGGUCAUGACGUCAUGGUCCGAUCCACGGAGAGUGCCAGAGGGUCGAAGCAGGAGGUCUUGAUCGGGGUGGUCAAGAGGAUCGAGGGCAGCGAAGGGAGCAAGCCCGUGGCCUGUCACCAGAGUCUAUUUCCUUACAUUGUCUAUUACUGUCAUGCAUUUCCAAAUGUCCGAGUUUACGAAGCAGAUAUACUAGAUCCCAAAUCCAAGGCUAAGAUCAAUCACGGUGUCGCCAUUUGUCAUAUGGACACAUCAACUUGGAGCCCUGCCCAUGGAUCAUUUCUGUUGCUUGGAUCGGGUCCUGGCCAGAUCGAGGUCUGCCAUUGGAUAAAUGAGAAUAACAUGAUGUGGACAAUUGCCAAGUAAUAAUGGAAGAACGAAGUGUGGUCAAGAUGGAAUAAACAUGGGUUCAGCCUGGUGAUCAAGAGAGAACUUGGUCUCUAACUACCUCCGACCGAAAGCCUCUCUUGCUUUGCAUUACAAUCUAUUUUGGUAUCUGAAUCUGAUAUCAAUAACAACGUGUUUGUGUUUGGUGUGAAA